CACUGUGCCUCAGCUGUCGCCGAGUACGCUUCGUGGACGCCGCUCUUCAACUUUUCUCUAUGGUGCCAAAAGUCUUCAAGUUGCUGGCCGUUGCAUUGCUGCUGUCAACGGUCCAAGCAGGCUACAAACGCACCAGGAAGAAGAUAAUCAUAUACGUACCAGAAGUAACUAAAGUCAUCCAUUAUAAACACGUGGCGAAGGUCGUGGUUCCACAAAUAAUUUACAAAGACUUCAAACCUAGCAAGGACUACGGGGUGGGAUUGCAUGGUGACUACGCCCCGUAUGCCUUCGAGCACGUGGGGAAAGGCUACGGAGGCUACCAUCAUGAUGGGGCAGGCUUCAGUGCUAUCGACUACGGCGGGAAAGGUUACGCCGGCUUCUCGCACGAGAAGGGAGACUUCUACGGGUCCGCGGCCGGCCACAGCGACGGCCACGGUGGCAGUUACGGGGCUGGUCCCCACGGCAGCGACUGGAAGGGCGACGUGGGAGCCAGCGCCUACAGUGCCCACCACCCGCAGUACACCCGCGCUCCAGCGGCGCAGCAGGCGCGACACAGAGAGGUGGUCGUGAGGUACGGUCAGGCGCCCAAACAAACGCCCACGCACAAUGGAUGGAGCAGCGCCGCCUCCGCCACAGGUGGAGUGGCAGUGAGGCAACACGUGCCCCGGACCGCGGCGUCCGCUGCAAGUGGCGUGGGUGGUGCAGGCGGCGGCUGGGUGUCCGUGGGCGACUUAGAGGUUGCGCGCGGCCGUGAUGUCCUACUCGGCGCCUGACGUGAUCUCAGCAGGACCGCGCUAGGCUCCUGCCACCUGGUAGCCGUCUGCUGAAACCCACUCUGGUGCUGCCAAUCUCCACUGUGCCAGUAGGACUACGUGAUGGAGACCUGGCGGUCCAGUCUUGUUAUUGCUUG